ACGGGAGCAAAUCUGGUCUACACAGACGUGGAGCAGAGUGGGUGGCAGGAGCCCGGGAAAAACUUCACCUUCCUCCUCUGUGCCCAGUGGACUACCCUCUUCUGGAAAGAAUGAAGUCUCUGGUCACCAAGUACCCAUGGCUGUUGACGCUGCUGCUGCUGCCGCCGCUCGAGCUUCAAGGGAAAAACUGGGAUUACUUGGAAUAUGAAAUGAUACCAGUAUUAGGUGACUACCUAAGGGAACUCCAUAGCACAGGGCCUGCCAAACCACCUACCAAAGAAAGAAUCAUAGAAAAGAUCAUUGCUGAUCCCGAGCGACCUUUGGUUGGUGACGAUUACUGCGACACUGAACUCAUAUUUAAAAAUAUUCACCAUAAGCUUCUCUGUUAUUCGGAGUACUACUUUGUAUCUGAGACCUAUCAAGACCUACAAAAGGCCUGCUAUGGCAAACAAGUGAAAUGUAAGAAAGGGGCUUCGUUUUGCAGAAGAAGCAUGGAAUUAAUGAGAGGAGUGAAGUGUGCUUUAAUAAGCGGAGAGAGGGUAUCAGAGUGCUCGUACGAAAGCAUCUUCCUGACAGGCUACCCCGUUGUCACUUGUCAAUGGGACGAUGAAACCCAAGAAUUUAUCCCUAAUCAGGUACUUGAUAUAUUGAUACCUAAGAGCAGGAAUAUGACUUCCCCUGACAUUCCGGGUUUCUCUAAGUAGCUACAUUUGGGAGUCGCUCACGCUUUAGAUACUGAUGCUGUUAAUUAAAAGUGAGAACAGCAGGCUGGAGAGGUGGCUCAGUG